GGAUCCCAUAGCAGCUUAUCGCUAUGUAGCAACCAAAAUGGCCGCCAACCAAAACUUCGAAGGCUGCACAAUGCUCAGUGUUGUUGAAGUUCAGCAAAUUGUUAAACUGCCUCCUAUUCCUGCAAAAGAACUGGUUGCAGAGAAACUUGGCAUCCCUCCGUACAAUGAUGUCAAAGACCCCCAGAAGGCUCCCUUCAUCAACUUCAUCUACGACAAUAUCAUCUUUGCCGUUGAGAAAGGCUUUCCAUGGGACCAUGUCAGUCUUGUAGUGAAAUUUGCUCACGAAUUCCUCAAAAGCAUAUUAGUUGAGAACCACAAGCUUCCAGAUGUGAUCAAAGACUUCCAACGGAAAGCAGACAUUCUGACCGCCCUGUGCGACCGCCACAAGAAGCAGUACACAGACUUUGUCUACGACACUGUGCUGUGCCACUACAACCUCUACAAAUAUGUCUUCUCACACCUCAGGGAGAUCGUCAAACCAAAGGUGGAAAAAGAGGUUCUCGUCCCCCCGAUUCCUCCGCCAUUGUCUCAAGGUCAGAGUGUCGAGGUCUGGGAGUACCAGCAGAAGGUCAAGGACGUGGAGGUGAGAGAGACCGAGGCGAAAGAGAAGCUGAAACAAACUGAGGAGAGUCAAAAGGAAAAGCUGACACCACACAAGAACAUUGAGGAUGUGAAGGAUGUCCCUGUUCCAUAUAGCAAAAUGAGCCUGGAAGAACUGGUGAAGGAUGUGCUGAAGGGUUACGUGGAAACAAAGCAGAUGGAGCUGAAGGGAAAGGCCGACGAGAUGGUGCAGGAUUUGGCCUUCAAGCUGGAUAAGACAGCUCUAGCCCGGCCUGCUGUUAUGGGAUCUCCUCCAAGAUUCAAACCCAAAAGCCCUGUGCCAAGCAAGGCCAGCUCUAACAACAACUCCCUCAAGGCGGACAAGGACAAAUCUUCAGCCAAAUCCUCGCGGUCCAAGUCGGGCCGGGCCAGUGCUGCUUCGUCAAAGUCAAAGAGAUGAAAGAUAUGCCAGGAUAAUAAUACCGGGUAAUGAUAAAACGAA